AGACUGGGUUAUCAGCAGCCAGUUUACAAGUAAUCGUUUUACUUUGCAAUCUGUAGUUUUCAAGGGAGCUGUUAAAGCUGAGCUGAAAUAUUUGAAAUGUGGACACUCUUGACCAUGAAAUAUGUUCUUCUUACAUGCCUCAGCCUUUAAAAGUUCUGUGCAUUAGAGUCAGGGAUUACAUUCUUCCUGGAGCAAGCAUGGGGCCAGCUGUGUAAAAACAAGCCACACUUCUCUUUGGGGAGGCUGAUAGGAGUUUAGAGGUUUGUCGUGGUGAGUGUCAGAAACAUCCUCAACUCCAUCACCAACCCUUCACGGCCACCUCUCUAUCUACUGGCGACCACUUAGACAUCCAAGCGGAGGAACAGCUGAAUUUAGGAAACCAUGCAUCACUUAGGCAGGAGCCAACGGCAGACUUUAAACUCUGCUCAACAUGUGGAUGCGGCAGAGAAAUGAACUGUCCAGACAAGCCAGGGCAGCUCAUAAACUGGUUCAUCUGCUCCCUGUGUGUCCCGCGGGUGCGUAAACUCUGGAGCAGUCGGCGGCCAAGGACCCGGAGGAACCUCCUGUUGGGCACCGCCUGUGCCAUCUACCUGGGCUUUUUGGUGAGCCAGGUGGGACGUGCCUCUCACCAGCGUUCGCGGGCCGUGGAAAAGGGGCCGCACCUGAGCCGGGACACCACCCAGGUACCCUUCCCUGAGAUACCCUUGGAUGGUACGCUGGCCCCUCCCGAGUCCCCGGGGAAUGGGACCACGCUGCAGCCCAAUGUAGUGUACAUUACCCUACGCUCCAAGCGCAGCAAGCCAGCCAAUAUCCGCGGCACAGUGAAACCCAAGCGCAGGAAGAAGUAUGCAGUGGCAUCUCCGGCCCCCCGUCAGGAGGCUUUGAUAGGACCAUCUCUUCAGUUACAAGAAGCUGCAAGGGUACCUGAUGUUGAAGCGCAUGGGUAUAUCCAGGGAGGAAACCUGGGCAAGGCCGGGGAAAGACCCUGGCGGUUGCUACCAGGUCUGGGAGCGCGAGGUGGGAGCUCGGAUUUGCCGCAGCCCAAGGUCAAGGAGAGCAAUAUCAGGAUCUACAGCGAGAGCGCCCCCUCGUGGCUGAGCAAAGAAGACAUCCGCAGAAUGCGCCUCUUGGCAGAUGGGGCAGUGGCCGGCCUCCAGCCAGGGCCCUCCAAGAGCCAAGCAAGCUUGCUGGUGCUGGAGGGGGGCGCCACUGGCACUGCGCCUGGCUGUGGCCCUAGCCCCUGUGGGCUGCUCAAGCAGCCUUUGGACAUGAGUGAGGUGUUUGCCUUCCACCUGGACAGAAUCCUGGGACUCAACAGGACCCUGCCUUCUGUGAGCAGGAAAUCAGAGUUCACCCAAGAUGGCCGCUCAAGUCCUCUCAUUCUCUGGGACUCAUCUUUAUCUCCAACAAGUACUGACACCCACUCUUCUGUUAAGCUCACCUGGGGAGCUUAUCAGCAGUUGCUGAAACAUAAGUGCUGGCAGAAUGGUCGAGUACCCAAGCCAGAAUGGGGUUGCACUGAAAUACAUCAUCAUGAGUGGUCCAAGAUGGCCCUCUUUGAUUUUUUAUUACAGAUUUAUAAUCGCUUAGAUACAAAUUGCUGUGGAUUCAGACCUCGAAAGGAAGAUGCCUGUGUACAGAAUGGACUGAAGCCAAAAUGUGACAAACAAGAUUCUGUGUCUCUAACACACAUCAUUCAGCGAAAGCAUGACCCAAGGCACUUGGUCUUUAUAGAUAACAAGGGUUUCUUUGACAGAAGUGAAGAUAACUUAAACUUCAAGUUGUUAGAAGGCAUCAAAGAGUUUCCCGAAUCUGCAGUUUCUAUUUUGAAGAGCCAGCACUUAAGGCAGAAACUCCUUCAGUCUCUGUUUCUUGAUAAAGUUUAUUGGGAAAGUCAAGGAGGUAGACAAGGAAUUGAAAAACUAAUUGAUGUAGUAGAGCAAAGAGCCAAAAUUCUUCUCACCUAUAUCAACGCCCAUGGGGCCAAAGUAUUGCCUAUGAAUGAAUAACAAGAGACUCUUCUGACAAGAAUACUAGAUAUAUUUAUGUGUUUUUGUUUUUAAAUCAAGAACACAGACCAUAAGUUCAUUUAGAAAUGAGGCAGUAUAGAUGAAUGCAUAAAAAAUGAGCUUACCCAGGUUAUGAUGGGGCUAAGCACUACACACAGUCAAAAACUUGAGCAGACUGCUCAAAGUAUUUGUUUAUAUUUUUCUUUAAUAGGAUGUCAUGUGAGUCCCAGCAUCUAGUACAGAAUGGUUCCAAUUGUUAUUCCAACUAGCUGCAUUAAGACAUUUGUCAUGCCGUUUCCGAGAACAGUGUAAAUCAGAAGUACUGACAACUUUAAUAACCAUAUCUCAUGCCAUUUUAACUGAUUUGAUCAAAUAGUAAUGAGAGUGGUUCAUGACAUUCUUUUGUUGCUGAUUAUUAAGACAGACCCAGUGCUGCCCGGGGCAACUUACAGCGUCAUAUUGGAAAACUGAAGCCCAUGAUCUACAGAAGCAUCAGAGUCCGAAAUAAUUCUAAAUAGAAAUUUCGGGUUUUUUGUAAAACUACUGGUGUAUAUUCUCUGGUAUAUAAAUCAUCCACCAUUUCUGUCUCUGAGCAGCAAGAACACAUUUUUCAUCACUUUUGAUAACUUAAUUUUGUUGUCAAUAUGGCAACCAUCCAAAUCUGACAAUUUGAAUAUUAGGUAGUUUUACUUUGUCAAGUUUGGUCCAAUUUAUAUAUAGUGAUUUAGAAAUUAAGCAAUGAUAUGGUAUGAAGUUCUAAUUUGAAACUGUCCUUAUAGAGUAUCUUUUUAAAAGGAUACUUUUAAAUUUUCUUUUCAUUUUUACAAAAGAUAAACUAUAAUUUCUAUAUAUUUUAUUAAUGAUAAUGGAGUUCUUUAAAGUUGUGCUAUGUAAUUAUAUUUAAUCUGAUUUUAUUGAUAUUGCCCAGAUAUUGACAAUGGGACUAGAUAUUAAUUGAUUUAAGUAUAUUGGCUAGCUAACUCCAAUAUGAGAUUAUGAAACAAAAUAAAUUAAAAUUUGGCUCUGAUAAACUCUCCUCAGUGAAAGUGCAUGACUAGCAUUAAAACAGUAAAUGUGGACAAAUUUAAGCCUCAAAUAACUCUCCAAAACUCCCUCUAUGACUUUUUUAAUUAGGUGGAAGGGAGUGGAUAGAUAGUAUUCACAUGUUAGGUCCUCAUGUCUCAGAAGUUAGCUAAGGUCAUAAUGUCUGAGAGACAGACAUGUAUAAGUUUCAAAUCUCGAACACAUCAUCAUGACUGUCCCAUCUCCACACACCCUACCCCUUAUUUGAAAGCUGAUACACAGAUUUCUUCUUCCCUUGAAAGUUUGAAAAUACAAUUUCAGAAUGUUUGCAAUACAUAUUGUUUUUUUCUCAGUUCUAUAUAUUAUUACUAAAUUGCACCCCAUUUUCUGUAUUCUAAUCAAGGGUAAUUCAGUAUCAUUGUAAAUUUGAACUAUUUAAAGACAUUACAAUAAAGACUAGGAUUUUUGAAAGAACAUUCUAGAGAUUCAAAUUUAUCUAACUACUGCAGGAGCAAAAUGUCAAAAUAAUAUAUAAGUACAAGAGAAGAUGAACCAAAGAGAGAGAGCCUUUGAUCAUCUCACAUCAUUUGUCUGGGUUUACAUCCAAGUAUUCCUUUUUAAGCUCCCUUAUUCGCUGAGCUGAUCCUGGGACAGUGGGGCUGUGGUCCACUCUCCUUUAACCCAAGUGCUUUCCAAGGAAAAGCACAGUCUGCUGCCUACCAAGUCUCCACUUUCAUCUGUGGUGUGUAGCCUUUUUAAAACUCCCUUUUCCCUCAUGAGUCAGCAUCAUGAUUAAAAUCUGGCCUACCAAGAGUUUGGAUACACAAGUUUUGCUUGAACGAACUACUGAAUUGAAAAAACAUUUAGAAAAUUGCCUUCUACUUUGUCUUAUUGGGGUGACAUUUGCAUUUAGUAUGCUUUUAGUAGAAUAUACCAUCUUUAUCCAUAGUUGUGAAGUUGGUGGUGGAAAUUCCAAGUUCCUUCGAAGCAAGCAUUAAUUUUGUGUCUCACACCUUUUGGUAGCUUUGUCCUCCCCUAUGUGGGACUUAGAGCCUCCAGUUUUUAUAAAUGCUUAAUUUUAAAUGAAUGGUCCAGGAGAACAUGUUUAUUUUAGCCACUUUUGCUUUCUAACAGUGUAUUUUGUUUUAUAAUUAGUAAAUAAUUCAUGCUGUAUUAUUUUUUGAAUAAUGAAUAACUGAAGGCCAGUCUUUUAAUUCUAAUAAAUAACACUCACUGAAACAAGGAGAAUACAUUUCAGAUACACUCAGAAUAUGUUGUGGUUGGUUCACAUAAGCACAUUAUGUGGUUUAUUUAUAACUUGAUAAAUUUAAAAUAGAACAAUUUACCAUGGCAGAUAUACAAAAGCUUAUUCUUGUGUCAUUUAUUUUCUUUAAGCUGAUGAUACAUAUCUUUAAGCAAAUACAUAUCUUAAAAAUCUAUAAUAAAACUUGGGAAUUAAAGAAGCAUGCUUUUUUUGUAGAUGGGUUUCUUUUCAGAAGUUAGAGGAUGAUUUGGUACUUUUAUCUAUAAUAAAUGGAAAAAUUGAAUAAUCAAGAAUUUUAUUGGAUUAUGUUUGUGUAUGCAUGGUGUUUGAGAGCAUCAGGAGUGAUAUAAUUUCUCUUGGUAGACAUACAGCAUUUUAUAGGUGGUAUGCAAAUCAGUUUACAGAUAUCACAAACUGUAAGAUUUAAUUUUUGGUAUCCUUUACUUGGAUUGAGUUUGUCUUACAAGUAUGUUUAAAGUUUCCUUUAUAGGGUUCAUAUUUAUUGAAUUUAUUAGGCACUUGGGGAACUUACAUAAAACAGAUAUCCUCUAAAUAUUUAUAAUCUCUGAAUUUGUAUAAUAGCUUAUUUAUUCUUUUGUACCUUUAACUAUGCAUUACAUUAUAUGCAAUAAAUGAAAUAACUUACUUAUAAAUUCAGUUACACAGUUUCAUGAAAUUCUGAUGUUUAUGUCUGCACAGAACAGUAUGAAUAUAUAGAAGCUACACAUGGAUCAAAGAAAGAUGAUAAAGAUGUUUCUCUUUAAAAUUCAUCAGGAAUUAUUUUCAUUCAUUAAAAAUUAUUUGACUUGUCCUAAAAGUUAUAUGAAAGUUGGAAAUAGUCAGAAGAAGUCUUUGAGUGUUCCUUCAGUGCAAUAUUGCUUUGAUUUUUUUUUUUUUGGAAUAGGCGUUUUAACAGUGUUGUAAGGCAGAGGUUGACUUGUAGAUUUUUAUAUCAAAGAGAUGCAAAUCAUUUCUAUCUAGUGGAAAAGAAACCAUAGUUUAUUACCCUGUUGGACAUUAACCAGUUUUAUAACUAGUCUAGCAAUCUUAUCCUAACAUUGCCAUAAAUAUUUAGCUUUUGAAAUACUCUUUGAAAAAUGUUUGCUGUCUUGUUGGCUCCCUUGUUAAUUAUCUGAAUAGAAUGUUUCACAUGUUCAUUUUUUAUUUGUAUAGAAAUCAUGGUUUUAUCAUUUUGAAAAGUUUACUUUAAUAAACUUUGGCCACAGA